GUUAAAGGAGGAGAGAUAGAGAUUGGAAGCUCUUGGAAGGAUAGUGGAAGCUAGAAGGUUCGACGAGCAACUUUGGAUGGCAGUAGGAGGGGACCUUCCUCCUUUAGCAGGCUACCCGAUUCAGGACGGGCUAGGAGACCUAGCAAGGAGGACGGAGCUAGACGCUCGGAGGCUCUUGAGGGGUGCUGAUCAGGAGACAUUGGUUAGGCUUGGGACCGCGAUCUGCCGCAGGAGUAGAGACCCUGCCACGGGUGUACUGCAGAUCCGGAGAGGCGCGGCCUUGUUGGCCGAUCCCGAAGGAGAGGUUUACCUAGACACAGGGAUUCUUGGGAUAGAGGGAGAGCACGAGAUCCGCGACCGGGGUUAUGGCAUCACAAAAUAUCUGGAAAAGUGGGAACUUCACGCCAGUCGGAGUCAGUGUUCGGAGGAAGAGAUUAUAGAGAACUUCCUAUUUAAUGUAGAUCCAAGUCUCGGCAAGGAAGUUAAGGAAGCCCGACCCAAGGAUGGGAAAUGCACUACGUACAAAAAGAACCUUGUAGAGCUUUACAAGUUGGAGGAUAACAAAUACUCCAUCAAGGACCUUGAGACAAUGACUCAUGAUGAAGAUGAGAGCGUACGGGCAUUUGGGAUGCAUUUCCAGAAGAUCUCCGACGUGCUGAUGAAGAAGGGGAAGAUCUCGAAGGUCGAGCGUUGUACUGUCUUCAUCGGACACCUGUCCAAAGGUAGACGGAAGAGUAUACUUAGAGACCUUCCGCGGGACAAGCUUGACUUCCCAGAAGUCCUGAAGCUCGCGAUAAAGGCAGAGGCAGACGACUACAAGGACUUGGUGUGGAGAGGGAUGAGGAGACACCGGGACCGCAGGAAUCGCGAGACGUACGGGCGUGCUAGGAGACUGGAUGACUACUCACGUAGCCCUCGCUAUGAGCCUAACGGGGGUAAAGGCGACUCUCGUGGCCGGUGGGAGUCGGAUCAGGACCGGCGAGACGGAUACAGGGAUGACAGAUAUGCGAGAUCGGACCGAGAUGGACAUAGGGACGACAGAUAUGAGAGAUCGGACCGAGAUGGAUAUAGAGACGACAGAUAUGAGAGGACGGAUCGAGACGGAUACAGGGGCGGCAGAUAUGAGAGAGGGGAUCGACCCGAUGAUUCAUGUGGACGGUACGACCAAGAUGACCGGCGUGAUGAUUCAUGCGGGCGGUACGACCGAGGAGACCGACGUGAUGAUUCACGCGGGCGGUACGACCGAGGAGACCGACGUGAUGAUUCACGCGGGAGAUACGACCGAGGAGACCGACGUGAUGAUUCACGCGGGCGAUACGAAUACGGAGACCGCCGCAAUAAUUCGCGUGGCAGGAAUGAGAGAGGGGGAUAUGGCACUUCGGUUGGUCCAUAUCCAAAGUCCCCUGACCCCAGAGCAGCCAGGGGUUCGACUUCUAGGAGUGCAGACGACAGGCCGCCCACUCCCAGAAACUCUUGCGUCUACUGUAGAGGGGAUGAUCAUAUCAAGAGAGACUGCCCGGAUCUCAAACGGGCGAUAGAUGAGGGACUUGUCGUGCUUGACGACCGCAAGUACGUCAAGUGGGCAGAUGAUCUGCGAGAUGUAUCGAUGUUCCCUUCGAUGAAGGAGAAUGUCGAAGCAAGGAGAGUAAAGCCGAGUAAAGGAAAGGAGCCGGUCAGGAGCCAGAGCAUCAAGAUAACUUUUGAGGGGGAUAUGGCGACCACACCCAUAAGGGUGGCAGCCACCAAGUCGGCGAGAGGUUCUACAUCGAAGACUGACACGGAUUACGUGAUGGCGGAGAAGGACGGACAACGGAUCGAGGGAGAGAAAGUUAUUCUUUCGCCGCCGAAGCGGGGAGUGAUUAAGUUUUUGAUAAAGAGUUCGUUGGACGAGAUUGACACGGUCGAGCCACUAUGGCGGGUCCUUCAGCAGCCCAUGCAGUGCUCUAUUCUGGAGUACCUGGCGACAUCGAAGCCUGCUCGCGAUGAGUUACAGAUGAUCACGCGGAAGACUCGCAUACCUCUAUCAGAGGAGGCUCAAGGGGCCCCUAAGGCGGAAGCUCGUACUGUAGCAGUAACGGGGGUGACUGCCAGAGCGGAUCGCAUGGCGACAGUCCUUCUUGAUGGGAUGGAAGGUGUGCCUCCAGACAAGUUUUACAUACUUGGUAGUGGGACCGUGGAGGCGAUCAUAAAUGACGGAGCGGUACUAGAUGUUGUGGUCGAUAACGGCAGUGAGGCUGUCAUUAUAGACGAGGAUCUGGCAGUGCAGGUUGGACUGGGCCUCGAUAGGUCAUACCUAUUCGAGAUAGAGACGGCUGAUGGGAGAAAGCAACAGAUCAUUGGGGUUUGUCACAAGGCAGCCAUAGAGGUACAAGGGGUACGAGUGACCCUACCUGUCUUUGCAGUCAAGAACUACAACUCCGAUCUGCUCUUGGGACGAACGUGGUUGAGCCACGUCCAUGCGGUGACGAUAGAGCGACUGGAUGGGAGCCAGAAAUUGUCAAUUAAGAAGCUAGACGGGACGCGGGUAAUGAUUGAGACAGUGGAGCCUCGGGACCCGAGGAACAGAGCAGCUCUCGCUGUGGGUGCAAGACCCAGUGAUCAGAUUAAGUCAUUACCUAUCUCCGGUCGUGCGGUGCGAUUUCGCGAUAAGAAGUAUGGACCACUGCUCACAGAGGAAGAAGGUCGGAUCGUGGAGGUGGAAGAUUCAGGGAGUCAGCUGAUAGUGGACGACAACUCGUACCCAAAGGGGACAGAAGAGGAAUUUGGCGGGGUAGUAUCUGUGUCUUUUUUAAGGGCAUGGCUCCCUAUGGGGGGCUACCCAAGCGACACAAGCAAGUAGCACAAAAAGUUAAACUAGCGGCGGUGGGCCGCGAGCGAUCUGCACUGGAAGGGAUAUCGGAAGAAGAGAUCGCAAAAGAAAUCAAAGAAAGAAAGAAAA